CAGGCUGGGGUCCAAAUGGGGAACGGAUGCUGGGAGCUGUAUUGCCUGGAACACGGAAUUCAGCCGGAUGGGACCAUCCUGAAGACCGACGGGCUGAGCCAAGCCAAUGAUUCCUUUGAGACGUUUUUUUCCAAAACGGGGGCCGGGAAACAUGUCCCCCGAGCUGUGUUUGUAGAUCUGGAACCAACAGUCAUAGACGAAAUCCGCUGUGGGACCUUUCGCUCACUCUUUCACCCGGAACAGCUGAUCAGCGGCAAAGAAGAUGCCGCCAACAAUUAUGCCCGAGGCCACUACACGGUUGGAAAAGAAAUCAUCGACCAAGUACUGGAUAGGAUUCGCAAAAUGACCGAGCAAUGCAACGGCCUCCAAGGUUUUCUGCUCUUCCAUAGCUUCGGAGGAGGCACAGGUUCUGGAUUUACGUCUCUCCUGAUGGAACAACUUUCGGUAAACUUUGGAAAGAAAGCGAAGCUUGAGUUCUCCGUGUAUCCUGCACCGCGGAUUUCGACCGCGGUGGUGGAACCGUACAACUCCAUCCUGACCACUCAUACCACCUUGGAGCACUCAGACUGCUCUUUCAUGGUGGACAACGAAGCCAUCUACGACAUUUGCAACCGAAACCUGGACAUCGAAUAUCCAACCUACACAAACCUGAACCGGCUGAUCGGACAGAUAGUUUCCUCCAUCACCGCUUCCUUGAGAUUCGACGGGGCUCUGAAUGUGGACCUCAACGAAUUCCAGACCAACCUGGUGCCGUACCCCCGCAUCCACUUCCCUUUGACCACGUACGCCCCCAUCAUUUCGGCCGAAAAAGCCUAUCACGAGCAGCUCUCGGUGCCGGAGAUCACCAAUGCCUGCUUUGAAUUUUCCAACCAGAUGGUGAAGUGCGACCCGCGGCGGGGCAAAUACAUGGCGUGUUGCCUCUUGUACCGGGGGGACGUCGUGCCGAAGGACGUCAACGCGGCCAUCGCGGCCAUCAAAACCCGGCGGUCCAUCCAGUUUGUCGACUGGUGCCCGACAGGCUUCAAAGUGGGCAUCAACUACCAACCGCCCACUGUGGUUCCCGGAGGAGACUUGGCUAAAGUUCAGCGGGCCGUCUGCAUGCUCAGCAACACCACGGCGAUCGCCGAGCCCUGGGCCCGUCUGAACCACAAGUUUGACCUGAUGUACGCCAAACGGGCUUUUGUCCACUGGUACGUGGGCGAGGGCAUGGAGGAAGGAGAAUUCGCGGAAGCUCGGGAAGACCUGGCGGCUCUGGAGAAGGAUUACGAAGAAGUCGGAGAAGACACGGCCAGUUAUGGAUCCGACGCCGAAGAUGACCAAGAAUACUGA